GUCGACAUACUUACCUACUAAGUAUACACUGUGCGACGUUAAUGACUGAGUUAUUCGCGUAGAAGUAGUGUAUUCGUCUAUGUUGAAAUUGUUCUUGAUAAACCGUAGAAUUUGCUCAGUCUUCGUGAUAAGCCCUUGUGAUUAACAUCGUUGCUAAUUGUAGAUUAGUCUAAAUCAAAUGCUAGUGCUAGUUUUCCACAUAAAGCAUGAAAUCGAUAACAAUACAUUUAGAUCUGUCAUUUUGUUAUAGUUUAGCGAUUCUGUAGAUUAAAUAUAAUUAGGCCGACAAUCUAAUAUAGGUACCUACCUUAUAGUCUAAGAUACCUAAAGAUGCCACUCACACUGUACAAAGUAGAUGCAAGUCCGCCAGCCCGAGCGGUGAUGAUGGUUGCUGACAUUCUUGGAGUGAAGUAUGAGCCAUACGAUAUCAAUCCGGUUAUGCGAGAGCAAGACACACCGGAGAUGACGAAGAAAAACCCUAUGCGAACUGUACCUUACAUGGAGGAAGAUGGAUUUUGUUUAGCUGACAGUCACGCCAUUAUGUUGUAUCUGUUUGACAAAUACGGCUCGGCCGAGCAUUCGCGCCUCUACCCGACGGACAAGAGGAAAAGGGCGACGAUAAAUCAAAGGCUAUUCUUUGAUUGCGGCGUUUUAUUCCAACGACUCAGAUCUGUGAUGGCAGCAACUUACACUGGAAGACUGGCGGAGUUAUCCAAAUCAAUGAUAAGGAACAUAGACGACGCAUACAGAAUGCUCGAAGCUUACUUAUCAGAUACCCUGUACUUGGCCGACGAUGUGGUUACCUUGGCUGAUAUAAGCGUCAUCACUACUAUGGCAACUUUGCAUGGGCUAGUCCCUAUUGAUGAGCAAAGAUUUCCAAAACUAAAUCAAUGGUACAAUAAAAUGACGAAAAUAGAACUUUGUGAGCGGAUCAACCAGCCGGGCGCGGAGGCGCACAUAGCGAGCCUGAAAGCUUUUAUGGAAAUUAAUAAAUCAAAACUGAAUUCUAAACUGUAAACUAAAUAUAGACACAGGGUUAUAGAGAUUCUAUUUUAGGUUAGCACAACAAUGCGCACAAGGAUUUUUUUUAUUCCAAGUUAGCACUUGACUACGAUCUCACCUUGUGGUAAGUGAUAAUGUAGUCUAAGGCCUAGACUAUAGAGCGAACUCUGACUUUGCCCAGAUUUAAGACACUGUUAAAACAAGACAGCGUGUUAUAAUAUCAGCGUUAAAUCUGCCUCGUUUUAACUGAGUAAAGUCAAAGUGCCCUCUAUAGAUCUCAGCCUAAGAUGGAAGCAGGCUAAUUUGGAAGAGAUGUAUGGCAGUUUAGGGCGAUGUGUAUAGUUGACCAAUCAGAUUUUCGUCAGAUGUCGGAAUGAAAUUAUUACGGCAUCUACCAUUAAUCUGAUUGGUUUGCUCAACAACUUUCGCUCCGAUUCGUGAAGCAAAUGAACUGGGUUAGGAACUAGGUUAUUUAACCAUCGAUGUAUUUGUGCAUGGAUGUAAAAAUCAAACAAAAUAUAUAAUCAUUACGAAU